GCCAUCUUAGCGGCCGAGCCCGGCGCUGCCGCCGGGCAGCCUCGCCCGGCCCGGCCCCGGCCCCGGUCCCGGCCUGGCCCCGGGCCGCCUGCCGAGCCGGCGGAGGUAAUCCAUGGUGAAGAGGCCCCAUUCAUACAGAUGAACAAAGGGUUGAGGCAGCACUUUCAACCCAGAUAGUCAGUCGGCUAACUGCCCAGCAGGAUGCCAUCAACCAGCCGAGCGGGCAGCCUGAAGGACCCAGAAAUUGCAGAGCUCUUCUUCAAAGAAGAUCCAGAAAAACUCUUCACAGAUCUCCGAGAGAUUGGCCAUGGAAGCUUUGGAGCAGUUUAUUUUGCACGUGAUGUGCGCACCAAUGAAGUGGUGGCCAUCAAGAAAAUGUCAUAUAGUGGGAAGCAAUCCAAUGAGAAAUGGCAGGAUAUUAUUAAGGAAGUCAAGUUCCUACAAAGAAUAAAACAUCCUAACAGUAUAGAAUACAAAGGCUGCUAUUUGCGUGAGCAUACAGCAUGGCUUGUUAUGGAAUAUUGUUUAGGAUCGGCAUCAGACUUACUAGAAGUUCAUAAAAAGCCAUUGCAAGAGGUGGAAAUAGCAGCAAUUACCCAUGGUGCUCUCCAGGGACUAGCAUACUUGCAUUCUCACAAUAUGAUCCAUAGAGAUAUCAAGGCAGGAAAUAUCCUGCUGACAGAGCCAGGCCAGGUGAAGCUUGCUGACUUUGGAUCUGCUUCCAUAGCAUCUCCUGCCAAUUCAUUUGUGGGGACGCCAUAUUGGAUGGCCCCAGAAGUAAUUUUAGCCAUGGAUGAAGGGCAGUAUGAUGGCAAAGUAGAUGUUUGGUCUCUUGGAAUAACAUGUAUUGAGUUAGCGGAAAGGAAGCCUCCUUUGUUUAAUAUGAACGCAAUGAGUGCCUUAUAUCACAUAGCACAGAAUGAAUCCCCUACACUACAGUCUAAUGAAUGGUCUGAUUAUUUUCGAAACUUCGUAGAUUCUUGCCUCCAGAAAAUUCCUCAAGACAGGCCUACAUCAGAGGAGCUUCUGAAGCACAUGUUUGUUCUUCGGGAACGGCCUGAAACAGUGUUAAUAGACCUGAUUCAGAGAACAAAGGAUGCAGUGAGAGAACUGGACAAUCUGCAGUAUCGCAAAAUGAAGAAACUCCUUUUCCAGGAGGCACACAAUGGGCCUGCAGUAGAAGCACAGGAAGAGGAGGAGGAGCAAGACCAUGGCGUUGGCAGGACAGGAACAGUGAACAGUGUCGGAAGUAAUCAGUCCAUUCCCAGUAUGUCCAUCAGUGCCAGUAGCCAAAGCAGUAGUGUUAACAGUCUUCCAGAUGCCUCAGAUGACAAGAGUGAGCUAGACAUGAUGGAAGGGGACCACACCGUGAUGUCAAAUAGCUCUGUCAUCCACUUAAAGCCUGAGGAAGAAAAUUACAGAGAAGAGUCUGAUUCUAGAACAAGGACAUCAGAACCACAGUCUCCACCCCAAGUAUCUCGCCACAAGCCACAUUACCGCAACCGAGAGCACUUUGCUACUAUACGCACAGCAUCACUGGUGACAAGGCAAAUGCAGGAACAUGAACAAGACUCUGAGCUCCGAGAACAGAUGUCUGGCUAUAAACGCAUGAGACGGCAGCACCAGAAACAGCUGAUGGCACUGGAGAACAAACUGAAGGCAGAGAUGGAUGAGCAUCGCCUCAGGUUGGACAAAGAUCUUGAAACGCAGCGAAACAACUUUGCUGCAGAAAUGGAAAAGCUAAUUAAAAAACACCAAGCAGCCAUGGAGAAGGAGGCUAAAGUGAUGGCCAAUGAAGAAAAGAAAUUUCAACAACAUAUUCAAGCCCAGCAAAAGAAAGAACUGAACAGCUUCCUGGAGUCCCAGAAAAGAGAAUACAAGCUCCGUAAAGAACAGCUCAAAGAGGAGCUGAAUGAAAACCAGAGCACUCCAAAGAAGGAGAAGCAGGAGUGGCUCUCCAAACAGAAGGAGAACAUUCAGCAUUUCCAGGCAGAGGAGGAGGCCAACUUGCUGCGGCGCCAGAGACAGUAUUUGGAGCUGGAGUGCCGGCGCUUUAAGAGAAGAAUGCUUCUUGGGCGCCAUAACCUGGAACAGGACUUAGUUCGGGAGGAGUUAAAUAAAAGGCAGACGCAGAAGGAUCUGGAGCACGCCAUGUUGCUGCGACAGCAUGAGUCUAUGCAGGAACUGGAGUUCCGCCACCUCAGUACCAUCCAGAAGAUGCGCUGCGAGCUGAUCAGGCUUCAGCACCAAACCGAGCUCACAAACCAGCUGGAAUACAACAAGCGACGAGAGCGUGAGCUAAGGCGUAAGCAUGUCAUGGAAGUUCGACAGCAGCCUAAGAGUCUGAAGUCUAAAGAACUACAAAUAAAGAAGCAGUUCCAGGACACAUGCAAGAUCCAAACCAGACAGUACAAAGCACUGCGAAACCACCUGCUGGAGACCACACCAAAGAGUGAACACAAAGCUGUCCUGAAACGGCUCAAAGAAGAGCAGACCCGGAAACUGGCCAUCCUAGCUGAGCAGUAUGAUCACAGCAUCAAUGAAAUGCUCUCAACACAAGCUCUGCGUUUGGAUGAGGCACAGGAAGCAGAGUGCCAGGUUUUGAAGAUGCAGCUGCAGCAGGAACUGGAGCUGCUGAAUGCGUAUCAGAGUAAAAUCAAGAUGCAGGCUGAGGCCCAGCAUGAUCGGGAGUUGCGUGAACUGGAACAGAGGGUGUCCCUUCGCAGGGCCCUCCUGGAGCAGAAGAUUGAGGAGGAGAUGCUGGCAUUGCAGAAUGAGCGCACCGAACGGAUACGAAGCCUGCUGGAGCGUCAAGCCCGCGAGAUCGAAGCCUUUGAUUCAGAAAGCAUGAGGCUAGGUUUCAGUAACAUGGUUCUGUCUAAUCUCUCCCCCGAGGCGUUCAGCCACAGCUACCCGGGAGCUUCUGGCUGGUCCCACAAUCCUACUGGGGGUGCCGGACCUCACUGGGGUCAUCCCAUGGGUGGCCCACCACAAGCUUGGGGCCAUCCAAUGCAAGGUGGACCCCAGCCAUGGGGUCACCCCUCAGGGCCCAUGCAAGGGGUACCUCGAGGUAGUGCUAUAGGGGUCCGCAACAGCCCCCAGGCUCUGAGGCGGACUGCUUCUGGGGGACGGACGGAGCAGGGCAUGAGCAGGAGCACAAGUGUUACUUCACAAAUAUCCAAUGGUUCACACAUGUCUUAUACAUAACUUAAACAAGAACUGAAGGUGGCAAUUCCACUGGAGCUGUCUGCCAACAGAAACUGCCUACAGAUACGUCCCAGCAGCCUCCUCAGUGUGGGACUGCAGUGUGAUGCUGGGUGAACAUGGAGUAUUGUAUUCAUUUUGUAAAGCACUCUGUUUUGUGUUUACUAACUGGGAUGUCAUAGUAUUUGGCUGCAGGGUUUGGUUUUUUAAUUUUGAUGUUUUGGGGGGGGGACUGGGGAGGGGAUCUAAGACAUAUAUGCAACUAGUCAGAGAAGUUGGCUGUCGGAUAUGGCAUUAAAGCUGCACAGGGGCCUCAGACUGCUUUCAUCACCCCAUCCCUACAGAGCGGUGGGAAGAGUUCAAACCUUCGCUAAUGUCCAAAAACCUUAACAGCCGCCUGAGCAGACCAGGGGGCUGAAAUAAGUCACUAUCUGGUGAAGGAGCAGCUGUAUUUUCUCCCCAUUGUUUAUCAUGAAAUUGGCCACAUUUCUAGGUGUAGCCUCAGGAGGAGGGGGAUUAAAGGAACCGUAGGUGAGGUAGAUGGGCAAGAGGAAAGGCUUUGCCUGCUGAGAUGAGAGGGAUCAACACAGACCCUUGCCACCCAGGUGCACGCUCUCUAUUGCACUAAGAGGUGAGCCUUCUCCGAGGGCAUAGGGCAGCUUCCUGGGCACCACAUUGGUAGAUGUGUGUGCAGGGGGAGGGCUGGAAAUGUUUACAAUCCAGCCUAGCAUCUUUGCACUCCCCUAGCUGUGCUGGUGGCAGGGGUGUCGUCGUGCUUUGGAGGAGGUUGAGAAGAAGAGCAUAAAUAAUGCACUUGUAUGGCUAAUACUGUGACAUCUCACCUUAGCUAAGCAUUAGAAUAAUUCCUGGAGCCCUAAAUAGUUCUUUUGCUCUGUUCUUCAGAAACCUUGGACUUCUAGCCAAUCAAUCUGAAAUGCCAGAGGUAUUUUGAAAGAUGCCAUAGUCACAAAAUGCCAUUGAUCGGGGUUUUCAUUACUACACUACAUACACCAAUUUAUUACCUUUUGGCUUGUUGCAAUUUCCUGUUUACAUGUCGAGUGUAGCCAACUGUUUAAAUGUUUAGUUGCCAUAGUGUACCAGGAGGAGCUGAGCCAAUGACUCUUUACCAGCUACAUCACCACUCUGAGCCAAUGACUCUACUAACCUACAUCACCACUGUAGAUCUUGCUGCAUGUCAGGCUCCUUUCUAUUAUUUUGGUUGCCGCAGUACUUUACAACUUUACAGGCCAUUGAGACCUUGUGAUCAUUUGGCAGCAUGUCACACCACGUGUAGGAAGCACUAUUUCCAGACGGCUCUUAUCAGAGCUGCUGUACUACUGAAAGGGAGCAAAAGAGGUUGGGAAGUAAAUUUAAAAAAUUUAAAUUAAAAAGGUCAGGGAGUCUGAAAAUAAAUGGAAUGACUUUUGUGGCUACGUCUCGAUCCUUAAUGCUGGAAGUGGGAGGUGUCGUGAAAGCCGAGUCCCAAUGGUGGGGAGUUCUGGGCAGGUCAGCACCAUGAGAUUCAGAUGAGAGCAGGUAGAUUAAGCUUGGUUUGAGGUAAAGAUUUUCUUCCUGGGGACUGACCAGCCAGAGUUCUUUGUAAAUGACUUUCCUUGCACACUAAUCAUCUUGAAGAAAACACUAGCUGCUAACUCUAGGAUUUGCCUUUAACAUGUUUAUAGGGCUCAAAAGCAAGGUUUUCAGAAUGUGUUUGUCAUGUGACAUAUUUAUAUAGAAAUACUCCAGUGUCUCGCUGCUGUUCAGUUUUCUCAACAGUGUGACAUUCUUUUGUUAACUAAAUUAAAAUCCACUCCAGAUCCUUAACUCUUAGCCAGUGUCUGGUGAAUCCAAACUUCAGGAUUUCCAGUGUCUUGGUGUAUCAUAUCACUUGGAACAAAGAUGGACACUAUACCAAAAUACGUUUGAUUAACUCUUUGGCAGGGCCUGGUAGUAUUAAGUGAACGCAGAAGUUUGGGAUGAGGUGGUGGAGCCACUGGGGAAUAUUCCCGUUGGUUACCCUGUAGGACAGGUAUGUUUGGGACAAAGAUGAACUCUCUGACCCGCUAUUCCUUUUGAAAAACAUCUCUGUGUGGGAUGGAUGUUUUCUCUUCUAGCUGUUCUUUUGCAUUAAAACAUGCAAAUGAAAUUAAGGAAAAUCACUUUCAUUUUCCUGUUUUAAGAAAAAAAAAUCAAAAGCCAAAACCCUCUAUUGGAUCUUACCACCUUGGUGUGGAGGGUAUAUCCAGAGCAUGGUGCUAAUAUGCAAUGUUUAGGAGUUCUCACCUCCUCAGAAUCCCAGACAGCAGCAGUGAUCGGCACUCUACUUCAAAAUUCAGGGGGUUCAUUCUUUUGCUUCUGUUAUGGUUUGAAUUUGGCCAAAAUCUCUGGCUUAAAUUGAGCUACUUCAAGAAGAGUUCCCUCAAACCGCUAUUUGUGUAAUGUAAAGCAUGACUAAAUGCUGGACCCAAAUGAUGUCUAUCCCAUAUUGGCUUUUUUGUAUCCAAAAGAAUUGUGUAGUAACCAUUUUUACAUGUAUAUCAUGUGGAGACCUGGACUAUUCCAAUGAGUUAAUAUUUUAAUUAAAAUAGUUUGCAAAAACUGAUUCAGAUCAA